UCAUUUAACCAACCUAAUGUUUUCUGUGUUUGUGUGCAGAACCCAACAGACAGCAUGUGUCUUUCUUUUUAUCCGAUAUGUUUAUGGACUACUCCUGGGACUUCGUGCUUAGCUUCACUUUUUCACUUUGGACUUUUACUGUACUCUUUCUUCAGUAACGUUAUAGCGGUCGGCACGGCCGGUGAAGAUCGGCCUCAGGUGAUCGGGGCGUCUCAGCCAAUCGUGGCCCCUCUGGGUGGUGAUGUCAUCCUGCCGUGUCACGUGGAGCCUCAGCUGAACGUGGAGGAGCUGACGGUGGAGUGGUGGAGGCCGGACGUCCCACCGGACCCUAGAGAUCCACAGAGCAACUACCGGUAUGUCCACCGUUACCAUGACAAACAGCACGAGGAGGACAUGAAGAAGCCGUCAUACGCCGGGAGGACGGAGAUGUUCACAGACGGCCUGAAACACGGAAACAUCUCGCUAAAGAUCAGCAACGUGAAGCUCUCUGACCAAGGGAGAUACAGAUGUCAAAUCCCCCAGUUGGGGAGGGCUUCACUUAUUAUGCUUAAUGUUGAGCCACGCUCUGUUGAAACCUGGACGACAAAGACACCGCUGCAUCCCCAUAAUCUCCAAAGUCCAGGUCCAAACCAUGAGACUGAUGUUAAAGGUGAUCGACUCUAUCUGAGCGUACCGAUCCUGGGUCUGGCUGUCUUACUGAUCCUGGCUGUUGGAGUCGGAUAUUUAUGUUAUAGAAGGUAUCGAAACUAAACCACAACCAGCGGGCCACACCAAUCAGAGUCCGGGGAAAAUCUACUGGCUGUUAGGACCGAGGUCGUGGUUGAGGUGUGUGACGGCUGCGACUAUUCGUUCAAAACAACUAAGUCCUAAGGACGGUAAUAGACUGAUGGUUCGUCCAAUCACCUGCCAGGUACCCUGACCUUGUCCAAACUGUUACAAUGACGGCUUCGGUGUGUCCCAAAGCCUGACCAGCACGGUGCAGGUUUGGGUGUGAGGGCCUGUUGGCACACACAUGGCAUUAGAGAGACAUUUUAUAACUUUGAUUGUUACAAGUUGAUUUUCUUACUGACGUCUUUUUGAACACUGUCCUCUGACUCUCCAGUCACUCCAGUCGCUGGUGGACCGGCAUACUUGACUUUUAACUUACCAGUUAACGCUAGCUAGCUAUCUCGGUUGGCAGAUCGCUGAACAAGAAAUUUCUAGGUGCCCAAAUGUUCCAGUUAACUUUGAUGAAGUGAAAACGCAGUGAGAAGGUCAAAGUUUAAUAUAAACACGAACAACACCCAGGAACAAAUUCAGGUCUAUUUUAAUGUUCACAGUGUUAGCAUGGUUAGCAUUGCUAAGCCUGUGGUAUGAUUGGCAUGCCGGCGCAUAGCCACGACCCUAAAGA